AUGGCUCAACAAGUUGGCGACGGAUUCGGUCAUUUGGGAGAAUUGGAGGACAACCACUACGCAUUCGUGCAAGACGGAAGGUUGACUCUGGUCGGACGCAAAUGUGAGUUUAUCAGCGACUACGUAUAUCAAUGAUUACUAUUUGAACUUUCAGAUGUCGAGCAGUCGACUCACAACUGGGGACACCGUGUUGCUUUCGCCGGUACUUACGUGCUCACUUUCGACAAGGAGAGACAUAACUGGGAGCGUCAUGACGUGGGUUUCCGUUGUUAUGGAGGUUUACAUGAUUAUUUUCAGUUCGCUCAACUCGUUGGCGAUGAGAACGCGGAGGAGACUCUGUUCGUCCGCGAAGACAAACUCUACUUGCUCAUCUUCGCCAACUUCGGAUCUGUUCAUUUCAAGAGCCUGUUCAGAUGGGAGAACAACCAAUUCGUCGAGCUCAGUCUCACGGUAUCCACCGUUUAGAAGUAUUUUGUGCAAUGCUUUAAUUUAUUUAGGCUCCGUCUGUGAAGUCGCUUGAAGAGCAGCAUCGUACUCAAGUGAUUGCUGCCGGUGGCGUCACCAACAAGGGAGAGACUAUUCUUGUUGUGACCGAGGACAGCGCAGCCAUUCCUAUUUACUCGCUGACUUUCGAUGGAAACAAAGCUCUUAUUGAGCUCAAAUCGAAUAUCCCGGAAGACUCAAACCCAUUGGUGAGUUAACAAUUUGAAAAUGUUUUUUUCUCAAUACUGUAUUGCAGAGAGGACAGACUGUUCUUGCCGACGUUCUCGGCAACAAGGUUCUGAUCAGCUACGGAGUCCACGGCUGCGGAUUCCGUUGGGAGAACAGCAGAGUCUUCAUCUUCGAUCUAGAGACCAAAACUGUCCGCAGCAUCCAAGUGGAGGGCGACUACUCCGAGCUUCCCAAAUAUUGUUUCAGUGGACCGAACGUCUCUGCCGCCAAUCAAAAAUCGUGGAUUGUCGCAGCCGGAACCGUGCAACAAGGUACUUUAACUGACUUUCGGCAAAGUGGACACAAUAUUCAUUUGCAGGAAUGUACGGAAGUUCUCAUUAUGGAGCAGUCUGGGUCCUGAAAGGAGUUUUCGACGAGAACGAGACUCCGACUUGGGUCGAGCAGUCGGAGACUGUGCCUGAGGGAAUUCACGUCCUCGACGGACUGGAUCUCUACACCCUGUCCAAGGAGUCGGUCACCAAGAUCGAAUUGAAGAGCAUUUAA